AUGAGCUCUAAAGAAAAUGGAGUGCAAAUUAUUGAAAGAAUCCAAACUUUGUUGGGAGAGGAAUAUGACAAUUAUAAGGAGAGCUUUGAGGUAAUCCAUAAGUCUGACCCAUUAAGCAACCCACAGAAAUUUAUAAGCCAUGUGGAAAAGUACUUGGGGCAUUCCAUUUUAACAGUCAAUGAUAAAAUAGGUUCUGGACACCAAAAAUUGGAGUUGAAUAAAUCCACAGAUAAAUUUUCAAUGAGGAUUUUAAAUAGGAAAAGCGUCAGUGAGAUUAACGAAUAUUCUCCAACAGGAAAAGGAAGAUUUGAAAAUUCUGAAAGAUUAACAAAUAUUAAAAGUUUCUCUAGCUCCAUGAAAGAUUUUGAUUAUGGAGAAAUGGGAUCAGAAAGUUCUCCAAACUCAAAGUUAGCCUUUAAAAUUAAUGUCCAAUCUUUGUUUAAUGACCAUAUUAAACGUAGAAAAGGAUGUUUGACGGAUAAAAGCUUCACAAAGUAUUAUGCAGAGAGAAUUGUAGAAAAUUCGGAGGACUCUCUUUGGUUGGACUCUGAUUUAGAGUCAUAUAGUAAAGAAGUUGACAGAAGAAUUCAAAGCUUGAUUGAUGAAAUUAUCUCAAAUUGUUCAGAUCUUUGGAUUGAUGAUCAAGGAAAUAAGUAUCCAAUAAUUCCAGUAGGAGAAACAAGAAAGCAAGUGGUAGUUACUUUGGGAGCAAUAGGUUGUGAUAAUGAAGGAAAUUUGAAUGAGCAAAGCGUACUAUUACUUGGUACAAGAGCUUCUAGUUCAGGAAAUGUUUCUCAACUUAAGCUUAGAGAUGUAAAUGGAGACGUUGCUUUGUAUCCCGGGCAGGUAGUAGCUAUUCUUGGUAAUACUGAGAUUGAUGAAUUUGGACAAAGCUGCAUUCUCGCAAAAGAAAUAAUUGGUGGAUUACCUCCGAAGCCUGUAGAGGUAACCCUUAAAGAUUUGAAAAAUAUUCCUGAGUUUUAUGCUGGAAAAGGAGAACAUCCAGUACAAUGUAUGAUCUUUUCUGGGCCAUUCACAACUGAUGGGCAAAGUCUCAAUUAUGAUUAUCUUACAGAAAUACUUAAAUAUGCAAAUACUGAAAAACCACAUGUACUUAUCCUAUUAGGCCCUUUUAUUGAUGUAAGAAAUGAAUCCAUUAAAAAAGGUGACUUGUUUGAUUUUGAAUCUAACACAUUUGUUACUUUUGAAGAUCUCUUCCAAAGAAAUAUUUAUAGAGCAAUUGAAAGUUUUGCUCGAAAAAAUGAAAAAGUUAAGAUAUAUAUUAUCCCAUCAGAAUACGAUGCAGCACAUCCUUUUCCAAUUCCACAGCCAGGGCUUAAAGAAUCAUUUUUUCCAAAUACAAGUAACGAAACAUUCACGUUUUGUCGAAAUAUUUAUUUCUUAUCAAAUCCUUGUGAGCUUUAUAUUAAUGAUAUCAAAAUUGCAAUUACUUCUUCUGAUAUAGUUACUCCAAUCUUCAAUUCCUGUAUUACUACUAGAAGUGGAAAUCUCCCACUAGAAGUUGUACUUAGCCAAUUUCUAUAUCAAAGAACCUUAUAUCCUUGUUUCCCAGUACAACAUCCAAUAAAUCCUAAACUUCUUCAAAAGCUUGCUUUAUCUGGGGAGUUACCUCAUAUUAUUAUCACUCCUUUUGAGAGUUCUUCUCCUUUUGUAAAAUCAGUACUUGGUAGGAUCUUUGUUAAUCCAACAGGGGAUAAACCAUUUUCUGGAAUCUCUUUAUAUAUAAAUCCUCCAACAGAGUCACAAAUUCAGCAAGCAUCUCAAAUUUGUCAAAGUUCGGAUGAUCAAACAUGUAAAGUUCCAUUAUUCAUAGAAGAACGCAUUUGUGCUGAUGAAAUUAGUUUUUUAAAAAAUUAA